AUGGCUUAUGCACUUGACUGCGAAAUGAUUGCCGUAUACUUGCCUACCUCAAAGAAACUGAAGUCUAUAGCUGCUCGCGUCAGCAUUGUAGACUCCUUCGGGAAAGUUGUCAUUGAUGAAUACUGCCAACCGCCCUAUGAGGUGUACAGCUACAACACUGAAUACAGUGGUAUAACGUCGGAUCACUUGAUUGGGAAAAUGCCUUAUGAGGAACUUCGCUCAAUCGUCUCUGCCCUCAUUGAGAAAAAACGCAUAGUUGGUCACGAUCUAAAGAAUGACUUUCGAGCCCUCGGCAUCAACCAUCCGGGGAGGCUGAGAUUUGAUACAGCGACUGAUAGGACGCUUCGUGAACUGGCACAUCUGCCGCUAAACAAGAAGCCCAAGCUCGCAAAACUUUUAUAUCUUCUUACAGGUGAGAAUGACCACUAA